AUGUACUCGGUCUUGGUCCUACUAAGUCUGAACCCUUUCGACUCUAACGUGCGUCUCCACAGCUCUAACUUCCUAUUAACCCAUGUCCUACUCUCGUCAACUAGCACCACAUCAUCAGCAAAAGAGCAUACACUAAGAGAUCUCACUUUGUAUAUCUCUUGUGACCUCAUCCAUCACUAAAGCAAAUAAAUUGGGGAGAUGGAUCGGUUGCGUGCGCCGUACAACCUUUACUCCUGGGUCUUUGACGGAGGCCGCCCGCUGGCAAGGCAGGUCCCGUGGAUCCAGUCCCUCCCUCCAGUCGUCGGCCCACAUGGGCGCCCUGGCCAUCACCCAGGGCUGCAGCCCGGCGAGCCCUUGCGCGACUUUGGAGUAGCUCAUGUCUUUGCAUCCUUCAAUGACACAUUCAUCCAUGUCACUGAUUUGUCUGGGAGGGAGACACUCGUUCGUAUCACUGGUGGCAUGAAGAUCAAAGCUGAUCGUGACGAGUCGCCUCCAUAUGCCGCUAUGCUUGCUUCUCAGGAUGUUGCCCAGCGUUGCAAGGAGCUUGGUAUUACUGCUUUGCACAUUAAGAUCUGCGCCACUGGGGCAACAAGACCUGGUGCUCAGUCUGCUCUCAGGGCACUCGCUCGAUCUGGCAUGAAAAUCGGACGCAUUGAGGAUGUGACCCCUGUUCCCACUGACAGCACUCGCAGAAAGGGUGGCAGGAGAGGAAGGAAGCUGUAGAUGUCUUUUUUUUCUGUCAAUUUUGUGGAUGUCUACAAGAAUCCCCUAUUUGAAUAUUCUUUAUAUAGCUUAAAUGUUC